AUGUUUACGACCUCACUUCAAGAUGUUAUGAGCCCACAAUUAAAAACUGCUUUUCACUCACUUCCGCCAUUCAAUUUAAUUAAUUGCAAUACCUUUCUUCAUGCGAAAAAGGAAAAUACAUCAACAAGACAUUUUCAACAUUUUAUCGAUUUAAAAUUAUUCGCAAUUUUGCUUCGUUCUCACAAGCACAAAAAGCAGAUAAUUUUGAGAUAUUUUAUGACUUCCCUUGCUUGCUUCUCUUCAAAAUGUGAAAUGUUACUUAAAGUUGAAAGAACUGAAAAUAAAUGUGAGAUCUACUCAUCAAUCAGAUCUAAUCUAGGGAGAUCUACGAUGAUGGUAGAUCAAUGCUUGAAUGAAACAAAUGCUGGUAAAAUAAAAAUAGAAUCUCAAGACGAAGUUGCAAAUAACAAACUCAGCAAUUACCGUAAUGAAAUGUAUUCAACAAAUUGA